GAUAAUCUCUGGAGAGAGUAUUUUCUUGCUGAAGAAAAUCUGAAACUUGCAAAACAACCUCGAAGCUAGUCCAUACUAGUGGGAGGUUGGUUUUGCUCGAGCAAAAAACUUUCCCCACCCUUUUGUUUCCUGAUUUGGUCCCUUGUUGUUUUGGGUUUCGAUCAAUUAGGUCCAAUAUCCAAAAGUUUUGUGAAUCUUAGCUAGGGAAUCGUUUUCUUCUUUUGUGGGGGUUUUGUGAAUUGAGAAAAAUGGCGAGAGGGAAAGUUCAGAUGAAGAGGAUCGAGAAUCCGGUGCACCGUCAGGUGACCUUCUGCAAGCGCCGGGCGGGGCUGCUGAAGAAGGCCAAGGAGCUGUCUGUGCUUUGUGAUGCUGAGAUUGGUGUCCUCAUUUUCUCUGCCCAUGGAAAGCACUAUGAACUUGCCACCAAAGGGACAAUGCAAGGGCUGAUAGACAAGUACAUGAAGUCCAGCCCGGCUGCGUCUGCGGGUUCGGGUGUGGGCCUGGGUAUGGCUUCGGGUUCGGGUCAGUCAUCUGACCAGUCCAAGGAUCCGAAUCAGGAUGCCAAAGAAGAGAUCGGCAUGCUAAAGCAAGAGAUCGAGACGCUGCAGAAAGGACUCGGGUUGUUAAUUAUUCUGCCAUUUUUCUUGUUCUUGUUUAUCUUUCUCUAAUAACAAUGAGAGAAUAGAAAAUUUGUAAAGUUUAUUGUGAGAUUUUUUUUAGUUCGAAUAAUUUUCUUAUGAGAGUAUGCAUUAUUAAACGAAAACAAUUGCUGGAAUUCAAUAAUAACAGGUACAUAUUUGGAGGAGGAGCUUCAGAAAUGAACUUGGAGGAGUUGCUGGUGCUUGAGAAACAUCUCGAGAUUUGGAUUUGUCAGAUUCGCUCAACAAAGAUGGAGAUCAUGUUUAAAGAGAUCCAACUGUUGAGGAACAAGGAGGGAAUCCUGAAAGCUGCAAACCAGUAUUUGUUAGAUAAGAUGGAGGAGAAUGUAGAGUUUACUAACAUUCAGGCAGUGAUGGGUAAUAUUCCAUACCCACUAACCAUACAGAAUGAGAUCUUUCAAAUUUAGGGAUUACUACUGUGUUUUAAUCUCUCUAUCUAUCUAGCAACUAUUAUUUUUUCCCCCACCUUAUUUAUGGACAUAAUUAUAUAUUAUAAUAUAAUUAUAAUUGAGGAGGGUUGUUUGGUGUGUAAUGUAAGUUUUUUUUUCUUUCAAUGUAAUGAACUAUAAAUCGCAAUUAGCGACGUGUGGAUGAACUUAUAUUGGUAUGUAAGUUGACGAGUGGUAAUUAUGUUUGGAGUAUUAAGCCA